CCAGCUUCUACGACAGGAUGACGAUCAAAAACCUGGACGGUUACCUCUCGGAACGCAAGCACCUGCAGACCCACCCGCUUUCGGUUCUUACGGACUCACGAUUGGGUAUUGAUGCCUCAUACUACCUGACACAACUCACGGAAACUCCCCCUUCACGAGAGCCGCUGCUGGCUGCUACUGGCGGGCUUCCGCUAGCCCUAACUCAGCGUAUUGAAGCUGACCUGCGCGUGCUGGAAAAAUUACGCAUCAAGCCUGUCUUCGUCUUCCCUGGACUGCUCCCGAAGCGUAAUGGAAAAUAUAACCAACAGCUACAGUAUGAACAAAAUGAAGCCAUGAGGGACAGGCGCGAGGCGUGGGCGAAGUACGAGGCAGGGCAGGAGGAGGCGGCAACCAAGCUCUUUGAGACGCGUGGCGGACUGCACCAGUGGGACCUCUGGAGGAUGGUCCUGAGGAUUUUCAGACAUCGAAAUGUGGAGUUCAUUGUCGCACCAUAUGUCGCUUGGGCACAAUUGAUCUACCUGCAACGACACCCGAAGGCAUACAUCCACGCCAUCUAUGGACCAACAGACACGCUACUCUAUCCUGGCCUUGAGAAGCUCGUCACGUCCCUCGAUCUUACGUCGGCGAACCCUACCUUCACCCAUGUUACCAAGCGAGCGAUCCUGAACGACCUCAGCCUUACUGAGGACCAGUUCCUCGAUCUGGGGAUCUUGCUCGGCUUUGAACACUCACCUCCUUUCCCGCCCACAGUGCACGAUCAGGCCUUGAAGGCUACAGUCGACAUGAUCAAAUACUACAAGUCUGGGCAUGCCGCUGUCUCCGCUUUCGCCGAGCAGCCGCAGGUGAAGCAGAUGCAAUACACCGACCAGUAUGCCAGGACCCGUUCGAUGAUCAAAUAUUCGCUCGUCUUAUCUUCAGAAGGCACUGUUAUUCCGCUCCCGCUCGCGAGCCCUAACCCACAGCCGCAUGGGCACUCGGGACACCACCAUCAUCCAACAGCGGCUGACAUUCCGGUCGAUCUUCACGACAUCUUCACACACCGCCUCCCUGACGAGAUCUACUUUUACUUAUCGCGAGGACUACUGGGUCCGCAGGCGCUCGUCUGGCUGACGAGCUACCAGGUCAUCGAGCAGCCCCCGCUCGAUAAUGGUGAGACGACGGAGUACCGUCGUUUUAUCAAGGAAGUAAUUACCGACGGACAGACGGGUCCGAGGGCCACGGCGCUUGCGCUGGUCUCGAGCGUCCUGAAUCCAUUCUGGGCUAAGAGAAACAUCGUUCCGCAGUUCUGGUUCGAGCAGAGUCAGCAGAAACCGAUCGCACACAAUUCGCAGCAGACUGUGCAGCUGGCCGAACGCGUCGUUGGGUGGCAUGUGCCGUAUUCGAUCGUGGAAGAGGAGCUGAGGAGACAGAAUUCGUCCACCAUUGACUUUGCACUGUGCCUUGGGGCGACGGUGUCUGACAAGUUGGCAGCACGCACUAAGGUCAAGGCUGGCCAGACUCUGGUGCCACUGGACAAGAAAGAUGAACUGGUGGCAAACGUAAUUUGGCGCUUCCUCGAGCUAAGGGGCUUUUUGCUUAACACACACACGCACUCGCCCCUGGCGCGGGCGAUGUAUGUCGCGAUCAAGACUGCGCGUGUGAACGACAAAUUUCAGGACUCGUUGUACUUGUUCUUGGAAUUGGUAAGGGCGGGCGUCAUGCACGGCCACCUUUGGUCUGGCAGGGCGUCUAGCGGGGGACCGAGCUUCGGAACCGAUGACGAGAAGUCAUGCAUGCUCUUAGUGAUGCGUGUGCUUAGUAUCGUCCCACUGAGCUUCAAGCCGCAGCCGUGGUCUGCGCCACUGUCACGGGAGCUGCUUGUGUUCAACUCUUUCAUCCGUUCGCUCACGCGGGCAUUGCGCACACUGCUGGAGGUCACGUCGCUGAACGCGCUUGUCCGUCGGGACGCUAAGCAGUCGCGAGAAGACCUGCUGGACAUCAACCUGUCGCUUCCCUUCCAAAGCGAAGUGAACACGGGAUUCGGCGUGCUUGCCAAGGUCUACCUGGAUGCGUUGACGCACAUCAACAACCGUCAGCGGGUGCGAGAUCCCAACGCCGAAGGCGUCAAGGAGGCCAAGGCGAUGGCCCUUGAAAUUUGCGAGGAGACGUUCUCCGGUGUUAAGAAUCCGAAACAAGAAGUAGAGCGUGGCUUCCGCUUCUGGGACGUCACGCUGACCGCCAUGCGGCAGUUGCAUUCGGAGGGGGCGGUCCUGCGGGAACUGGUAGAUCAGUUCGAGGCGGCUGAGGCGUGGCUGGCACCCAUGCGACCUUAGGUGAUAGCUGUUGAGUCGAUGACACAAGGUCGCCGCCUUCGGGCAUCAUGUUCUAAGGCUCAGGGGUCACACCGCCCACACCAUGCUUUCCCGGGCGAGCAUGGAUGUGUGAGGCACAGCCUUUCUUGACGCACAUACUGGGGCAGUACAUAGGCUUUACUUUUUUUAUUUCGCUGACGAAUUCAUCGGC